AUGUCAAUGGAUAUUAUAAAGGGAAACCUAGAUGGAAUUUCAAAACCAGCCUCAAGUUCACGAUCACGUCCUGGCAGCAGAAGUUCCAAUGCUUCUCUGGAGGUGCUCUCGCCAGAACCAGGGGCCUUCAAGAUUGACAUGGUCAACAAGUUGAAUUCUAAUAAGGAGGGCCAUUCAUCCAGCAGUAGUGUGGAAGGAAGAAGAAAUAGUCAUGACUGUAAGUGGGCAGAUGACUCUGAGCGCACAGACCCAGCCAGAGAGGGCUCAGAUGAAGACCUGGACUUGGCUCAACCGAUGGUCCCCGAGCCUUCAGAUGAUUCCAAGCUGGAAGAGCCAGAUGCUCAGCUCCUAAACGCUAUUCGUAAGAUGCACAGACUGGAUAAGAUACUGGCCAAAAGACAAAGCAGAGAGAAGGAAGUUAAAAAGCAAGGUGCAGAAAUGAGGAUUAAGCUGUGGGAAGAACUCAAGAUGAGAACUUCUGCAAAAAGUACUGAAGACUUGGAAAAUGUCAAGGAGUUGGAAAACACGAAAAAGUUUUUGUGUUUGACUUCGGAAUCUGCAGGAACAGCUGUAGAGCCUUCACACUGUGAGUUUGAAGACGACUUUUUCUCAGUGUUUCAUACCCAGAUUUCUCCAGAAAAUUAUGAAAAUUGCAUGCAGAAUAUGAAGAUGGAUUUUACCUGUGAUGUGCCAUUGAUCAAAACAGAAAAGAAACUCUUUCCAAGUACAGAAAAGAUUGAGCUUAGGAGUAAACUCAGCCAAGACUUUAUUAAGCGAAACAUCGAGUUGGCCAAGAGCCCCAGAAGCCCGGUGGUUAUGAUCGACAGAGAGAAGAAAAGGCUGGACGAGCUCCUCAAAGGCCUAGAUGACACAGACUCGGGCCUGUCCAGUUCUGAGGGUGACCAGUGUGGUUGGCUGGUCCCGGGAGAAGGCUACACCCUUGCAGCCACGGAGUCUCAGAAACUUGCUCAGAUUGACACGAAACUUCAGGAAUUCUCUGUGCUCCCACCAACGGUCUUCAGUCUUUCUCCAAGACUCGAGAGUCAGAGCAAUAAGGAACCUGACCUGGAUGAAGAAGGAAAUAUGGAGCCAGCUCCAGGAGAAAAGAUACUCCGGGACAACAAAGAGCAAAGGGACCAGCGGUCUCGACUGAGAGCCAUUGAUGGGAAGCUGAGAGAGAUCAAUGAACAGCUGAACACACGUCUCUCCGAGGAGCAGCUGAAGUGUCUUCUGGAGGAUUGUGUAUCCCAACAGAAAUGCAUCCCUCUUGCCCUUUCUUCUGGAGGGGAAAACAAAGACGUUGAUGCAGCUCCUGAACCUCCCCAGCUUUGCCCAUCCACCCCCUGCGGAUUACCAGAUGAGUCCGAAGUCGAGGUCCAGAAAUCCCCGCUAGAUGAUGCAAACAGGCUUGAGGACGAGGGGUGUGGACCUGCCGUGGGCUCCUAUCUCACCAGAGCCUUGGCUGGGCACUACAAAGCAGAAGCUCUCAUGGCAGACAUAGAGACCAUGAAAGAGCUCCAGUUCGCCAAGGAGGAGGCUUUCAGCGAUGCAGCGGACUAUUUUAUGUCAAAGACCGUUGGUAUUGGGAGACUGAAAAAGCCCCCUUUCUUGGAGGAUGCCCUGGAUGCCAUCGAUGUGGAGUCCUCUUCAGAAGACCAACAGCCAAAGCCUCAUCCAGAGGAGCCAGCAGCAGUAGCAGAUACACAGAAGCCUGGAGAUGCUGUGGAUGAACCAGAAGAACGGGAAGCAUGACUUUCUGGGGUUUAAGCCUAAGAAAGUUGGAAAUGAAGUGGCGUUAUCUAUUUUUUUCCUGAAUUCUUUGUAACAGUGAAUGCGUCAUAGAGACUAUUCCCCAAAUGAUCUCAACGUUUGAAUUCCUUCUUUGCUGAUUACAUUCUUUUGAUAGCUUUGAAACUUGGGGUGUAAAUGUUUGCUGGUUUUUAUUCAUUGAAAUUCCUGGGAAAAUUGUUUACAAAUGUAUCGCUAAUGUUACGAUCUCAAGGAUACUCUAUAAGAACCAACAUUGUAACAUAUACACAGGUGGUGUGAA